AUGAAUUCAACACCAACAAAACGUUUACGUUAUUCAUUAAUAACAAAUCAUCAUUUAUAUUCAUCAUCUCAUUCAAUUCAUCCAAUAACAAUUAAACCACAAUCAACUAUAUUAGCUGAAAAAUAUUUAUUUUUAUUACAAAUUAUUAAAGAUAUGCGUUAUGAUAUUCGACGAUCAUAUGCUGGAAGUCGAACAAGUAUGGAAAAUUUAAGAAAACGAAUUAUAAAAGCCAGAACAAUUGUCCUUCAAUGUAAAGAUUUAUGUACAAGACGAGAAUAUGAUCAUUGUCAAAUAAUUAAACAAUAUCAACAAACAUAA